AUGCGUGGGUCACGUUCCAUCACUCUGGCAGUUUCAGAACACGCCAUUACAGAACUGGACCCCGGGCCAUACUUAGGUGACCUAGGUGCUAAGGAAGGUUUAAAAGGUGAUAAAUUUCAGUCGGCUAAAAAAGGAAUUUAUGAGGCGGUACGAAGUUUGCUGGUGGUACUGGCCCUUGCUGCCGCCCAAAAUGGAUACGACUACAACAGACCCAACAGGCCGUUUGGUCAGGGAACGUCGAGCCGACCUGGGACAUCGCCUGGAUCCGGAGGAACCACGACAACAUCAUACCCUAUAAGACCACAAAGCGAUGACUUCAGCGGCCCCAGUGGACCAACUACUGGGUACCCUUCCGGACCUCAAAAUUAUCCAGGAUCAGGAGGCCAAAGACCAGGCUACCCUGGUCAAGGACCUAGUGGACCAUCAGGCAGCUACCCCGGCCAAUCAGACUCAUCCUACCCUCAAGGACCACGCGGCCCAUCUGGAUUCCCCGGUCAAGGAUCUAGAUAUCCUGGACAAGGUCAAAAUUAUCCUGGCUCUGGAUCUGGGAACAAUUACGAUACCACUAGUUUCUCUGAUAGCGACAAUGGUAAUUACGAAGGUGGAGACUAUUCAGCUAUUCCUGGCGAACCUGAUAUAGACUAUCCCAUUUUAUCCUACAUCCCUCAAACUUCAUUCAGUUGCAAAGCUCAAUCUCUUCCUGGAUAUUAUGCUGAUGUUGACGCCCGUUGUCAAGUUUUCCACGUUUGCUCCAACAACAUAACGUAUGAUUUCCUCUGUCCUAAUGGAACCAUCUUCUCUCAAGAAGAUUUCGUUUGCGUUUGGUGGAAUCAGUUCACCUGUGAGUCUGCUCCUGGCCUUUACGAAUUGAAUGCUAAGCUCUAUGACUAUUCCAUCAAAGGAUCUUCCGACGACUAUUCUAGCUUCAACGACUACUCUGGAUCUUCCUAUCCAGGUGGUAGAGGGCCACAAGGGCCAUCGUCUUACCCAGGUUCUGGCUCUUCACGGCCAUCUAACUAUCCAGGUAGUUCUGGGCCAUCAACACCUUACCCUGGUAUACAGUCGACCAGUUCAUACCCUGGUUCCCAAAGCCCAUCAGGUGGAUACCCAGGGCCUCAAGGUCCAACUGGAAAUUACCCAGGAUCGCAAGGUCCAUCGGGUAGUUAUCCCGGCUCACAAGGGCCAUCAGGUGGCUAUCCUAGUUCACAAGGACCAUCAGGUAGUUACCCAGGUUCCCAAGGUCCUUCUGGAAACUAUCCAGGGUACCCUGGAUCCGGUUCUGGUCCACAAGGACCUUCAAGUGGGCCAAGUGGGUCUGGGUACCCAGGAUCAGGUUCCACUACACCCUAUCCUGGAUCAGGGUCAGGUAGUCAAGGAUAUCCGUCAGGUAGACCUAGUGGGCCAAGUUUUAAUGGAGGUGGUAGUAGAGGAAGGCCUGCACAGAAACCUAACAGAGAAUAUCUCCCGCCUAGAAAUUAAUUAAGACCAAUAAAAUACUAGAAACAAGUUUAUAAGCGUACCUGAAUGUAAUCCAUAAAUUACAAUUAUUUUCAAACCAAUACAUAAUGUAGGAGAGAGCCCUGUAAAUUGGAGUAUUGCCUUAAAAAUGGGUGUCAGUAUUAAGUACAAAUUUUGACAAAUGAAAGUUGGUGCUGACUUUUAUAUUACAAUAAGUAAUUAAAUACUUUUAUGCGUUAGUAAAGACUAUUUAUUAGAGUUAGGUUAUUAGUAAGUUUGGUGGCUAUAGGUCAUCGAAUUCGCUUUAGUAUUACUAAGUUAAGAUUGGUACAAAAUUGUGAUGUUGAAACCGAAAGUUACCAAAACUAGAACAUUUUGUAUUGUAUACCUAAUUAAAACAUGUUAAGCUUUAUCUAUAACACUUUGAUUGUAAAUACACAAUAUAUCUACUAAUUAUUAUGUCAUAAUUUCUGUAAUCGAAUAAAUGAUUCAGCAACUAUCA